AUGCCGAGAAAAUCAGCAAUAAAGUGUUAUUUUGGAUGUGCGACUGAAGUUUCAGGUCCUUUUCACCAAUUCCCGAAACCAGAAUACCCAAAUUUGGAGAAAUUCGAACAGUGGAAAAUGGUUUUGAAUGAAGAUGUAAAAACAAAAGGAGAUUCGUUCAUUUUUAACAUUAUAAGAAUAUGUGAUUGUCACUUUGAGGAAUUUUACCGUUCUGCAAGUAAACGACUCACCGGAAAUGCAGUACCAACUUUGAACUUAUCUUCAACUUCGCCAAUAGUGCUUCAACCAUCAUCUUCUGUUGAGACUGAAAUGGAUAUUGAUAUGCAAAUAGGAGACAACUUAGAGCCUUUCAAGUUGCCAUAUCCGAAACAAAAACUACUUCCUAGAGUUAACACUCGAACACUAAAACGUUCCAAAGAAUUGAGAACUUUAAAAGCUCGAAUUCUGAAAUUAAAAAGUAAAUGUAAGACAUUGAAUGAGAGGCCAACGGGUAUCUGCAGCUUUACGUUUCUUAGCAAAUCAUAA